AUGAGGACUACAUCAAAAUCUGAAGCUGAAAAUUAUUUCUAUGGGCUACUCUCUAACUCAGAUUUGCAUUUGAUUGAAUUUUCAACUCAUUUUGAUACCACAUUAGAAGGACAAAGAUGCAUUCAAAGAAAAAAUGAUCAUGAUUCAAGAUACACGAAACCAAAUUUUAAAACUAGAUUGAAACUUGAAGUUGAAGAAGUUGAAUUAUUCACAGGAAAUGUUUUCUUUGAUAUUCAAUCGGAGAUUGUUGCAUCAAUGGUUAGUUGCAUGUCAAUCAGAUUAGAAGAAUCAGAAGAAUUGAAAACACUCACAAUAAAAGAUAUAGACAAACAUCCACAACGUCAUGGCCAAUUUGAGGUUGAACUUUUUAAAUCGGAUCAAAAACUUCUUUCUUCCCGCUUCAAAUUUGAAUUGACAGGAAUUUAA